GCGCGCUCUCGCAACAGGGAGCAAUUUUUGGCUCAACACCGGUGGAGAGAGAGGAGUUGCAGCGCUGGUCUGAGUCUAUAACAGGGAAAACCUAAGAAACAAGUUUGUCAUUUGCGGACGGUGAUGCACGAGGCUGCGAAGAAAUGGUGAAAAUAUCGAUAGUGAAGGUGGAGAACCCAUCUUGCCUCUGGGGUCGGGUUUUUGGCGGAAGUGGAGAAACCACAGAGGAUUAUGCUGAUCUCCAGACACAGAUGAACCUCUUCUACCAUGAUGUCACUCAGGACCUUCACAGCCUGAAACCUGCAUCAUUUGAAGAAGGACAGGUGUACGUGGUAUACUGGGCCCUAAAGAAGUCUUGGUGUCGUGCUGUGGUUCUUUCCAUCAUCAGGGACCCGACAUGCCUUCAGACCCUCUGUUUCCUGGUUGAUCAUGGAGAAGUUACUGUGGUUCCCUCUGAAAAUAUGAGGGUAGCAUCAGAGAAGUUCCUCAAGCUUCCUUUCUGGGUAAGGAAGUUCCAUCUGUCCAGAGUUCAACCAACAACCCUGCGGGUGUCUUUCUUUGCAGAAAAAGCCGAACUCAAACCUGCAGCUCAGUGGGACUGCUCUGCUACGCUGUACCUGCACAACUUGCUCCAAGCUUCUGUCCAAACAGAAGUGGUGCUGCAUGAGUGGAAGUCAGAGUCUACUGCCAUUGAGCUCUUUGUGACCAUCGGCAACAUCAAGAUCUGUGUGAACGAUGACCUGGUGGCCAAAAAGUUUGCUUAUUACAGCAGCAGUGGCCUGGACGCCUGCGACAGAGCCCCUCUUCCCUGUUCCUAUAGCAUCCUGACUCCGACCCUUUCAAAGUGCUCCCACAAGCAGACAGAGCAGAAUCUACGUUCUCCGGGUGAACAUGGAGGGUCUUCAAAAAGUCCUGAUGCUUCAGAAGCAGAGGACGGGCUGACUGCUUCCACUCUGCCUCAGAGCGGAUUCCCUGAUAUGAUUCCAUGCGAGGAAGAGCAUUUCAAUCAUGGCCGAAAAGCUUCAAACACUGACAGGUUUCUGAAGUUUCUGAGUCCUGACAGAGGCCAUCAAUCCACACUCUCCAAAACUAAUUAUGAGCUUAACAACUUUAAACCUGAACAGACAGAAAUUUCUGAAGCCUCCAUGGAGCUGAAUGCCACCAGCAGGGUCUCAGACACCAAUGUUUUGAAUACUUCAGAGGAGCGCAGAACAGAAGCAGAGAUAUGCAAGAUUGAAGACGACAUGAUCUGUUCACGCCUGUUGGAGUGGUUGAACCCAGAGCCUUUUAACUCGGAUCCUGAUGCGACGGAUGAGGUGGCCUUACCUGAUGAUCCCUGGAUCAAGGGUGUUCUAGUGCAUUCACCUGUUGCAGUGGAGCCAUGGGAAACCGUGGAAGAUGCUCCCAUCGUUGAUUCUCUCCGUAAGGUGUUGCGUAAGAAAAACUACAGAACUCUCUCUCCAGCUGAGAGCUACAGUUGGCCAGCUGUGGCUCGUGGUUGCAACACAUUUAUUAUUUCUCAGAAUGCUGAUCAGCCUCUUGGUUACCUCGUCCCCCUUCUCACCCAUCUCCUGCUGAACUCCGUCCACGUGUCCCACGCCUCCAGUUCAGGACCGAUAGCGGUGCUGCUGUGUCCAGGCUGGGAGAAGGCGCAGCUAGUUUACGACCUGCUGGAGGAGACCAACGUUUCUCAGACCCUUCACCCACUUAUCAUGUUGGUGGGCAUUGGCAAAGAUCAAGCCAAGGAUGUAAAAAUCCCUAAAAACUGCCUGCUGUUGGUGACCACCCCUUUCAGUUUCGUCCGUUUGCUGUCUUCUCACUGCUUUCUGUUUUUGCGGCUUUACCAUCUACUGUUGGACGAAGCUGACGAACUCUUCACUCGUGCGCCUGAUCAGAUGGAAUCCAUCCUACAGCAUUUUCAGAAGGUGACAUCCAGAGUAGAGAAAGGAUCCUGUCCUCGGCAGCUGAUUGCUGCAGCCAGAAGAUGGAGCAUUCCAAUGGAGAAGCUAAUCUCCUGUCACAUGCCCAACCCUUACAUUGUCAUAAGUGUCCUGGAGGAAGCUGCGCUCUACGGCAAUAUUCAGCAGGUCGUCCUAAUGACUCCUGAGAACAACAAGAUAUCUGUACUUUUGGACGCCUUGGAUUUCUGUCCUGAUGUUGGACAGAAGACACUGAUUGUGGCAAACUCUGCUCAGGAGGUUGAAGAUGUGUUUCAGGCUCUCAGCAGCCAAUCAGCUUUCUGCCUCAAGGUCCACGAGGGAUUGCUGGACCAGCUGGACUUUGUCCUCCAGCAGUGGAAGAAAACCAUUGGUCCUCGCACUCAUAUUGUUCUCGUGAGCACCAGUGAGUGUUUGAAGGGUCUUGGCAUCAGAGAUGCAUCUUGUAUCGUCCAUUUUGGAUUUCCGUCCUCGCCCAGACUGUUUGGCAGCAGACUUUUCUGUAUGGCAGAACAUUUCCAAAAUCUAUCUGUACAACGUAAAGAUGGUUCCCGGGUCACCAGGUCAUUGCUGCUGGUCUCUGAAAGAAAUGCUCGCCAUGUUGUGGGAGUUCUCCGUUACCUGGGGCGCACUGCUACGCAUCUACCUCCUGUGCUUCUGAGAUUUGCUGAAUGGGUGUGUUUGUCCCGUGAAGAACAGAAGAUCAGUCGACCUCUCUGUAGAUAUCUAAAGAGCUUUGGAGUCUGCAGGGACAGGAAUGCAUGUCUUGAUCGCCACAGCUUCAACCCACAUUUGGAUCAAUCUGCGCUCCCUACAUCCGGAGUCAUUGAAGUUUUGCCUCUUUACAUAAAGACAGCAUCUGUCUAUUAUGGUCGUUUGGUGAAUUCCAGCGAUGAAGGAUUUGAGUCGAUGGCUUCUGAGAUAAACUCGUAUUAUGCCGACACAAAGCCAGGAGCCAAGGAGCUGCUGCAGGGGGCUUUAUAUGCUGUGCAAGAGGACGGGGUCUUCCACAGGGUGAAGAUCCUGUCGGUACCUGACCCCGGUGAGAGCCUGUUUAACAGCAUCUCUGUUCGGUUCGUUGAUAUCGGAAAGGAAGUGGAGGUCAAAUCCUAUCAGGUCCUCGAGCUCCCAGAGCAGUUUCAUUCUCUGCCCCACCAAGCUGUUGAGAUAGUGGUGUGUGGGGUAAAGCCAGUCGAUGCUGAGAUGGAGUGGCAUCCAAAGGUCACAAGAGCCAUCAGCCAGAAAAUCCGGGGUCUGCAGCAUCGAGCGGGAGUUGUUCUGAGCCUGGGAAACACGCUUUUUGUCCAUCACAUGGUGCGGGUUACUAAGAUGGCAGGCACCAGAGCCCUCAUCAAUGAGUACAGCCUUCAGUCUGAGAUCCUGAAGACCGGGAUGGGAGUUAGCAACCCCGAGCAUCUGGAUGUACUAAGAGAACUGCUUCAGGACAGUGUGGUCAACCAAACCAAGGAUGGAGGUCCCACUAACAGAACGAUGGCUGGCUUCCUGUCAGAGGAAGAGAUGCUGACUGCAGAGUUCAGAGACCAUGAGAAACAUGAAGCUUUAGAUCCUUAUCAACUGACGUUAGAUCCAUCUGGACCCAUGCCUCCUCCAAAAAGGUCCACAGUGCCGGAACCAGAAGAACCUGAAGCUCCACGGCUCCCGGUUCCCACCCAGACGCCUCUGCUGCACAGGGGAACAGACGGCGAACAGAGAAACCGCCGCCUGCUGGAGGAGACGAUGAGAUCAGAUGAAAGUGACAAAGACUGCAGAGAAACGGACGAAGCCGACGCUGCUGCCUCUGUGAGCCUUCAUAAAAACGGCAUGGCGGACGGUGACGAGCACGUUGUGUCCGCUGGUGGAGAAGUCUGCAAUAAGAGUUUUUCCCCUCAAGUCGUCUGGUUCCAGACCUGCGACUCUGUCAUCGUAACAGUGAAGCUGAUGAACCCAGAGGUUCAGCAGUGCGAUUUCUACACCGACAGAGUCGUUUACAGUGGCAGAGUGAACGGUCGAUCCUAUAGGGCUGACCUGGAGCUUCACCAGAACAUAGCCGCUGACGCUUGCCACUGGGAGAUGAAGUCCAAUCAGCCCAUUCUUAAACUGGUGAAACAGGAGCCGGGAUACUGGGAGAGACUGGUCAGGGGGAAGAAUAUUUUCGUAAGUUUUGACAUGGACCAUGUUGAUGAAAAGGAAGAUGAGUCAUCAGGCGGACUGCGGUUUGUUGAAAGCCCUGAAGCAGGAAGCUGCUACUUGAGCUCUGACAGCGACAGCGACUGAAAGCCAGACUUUGUCUCCUUAUUUACAUUUAUAUUUUAGACAUUUUUCAGUCUUUAUGUUGCUUUGGUUUGACUCUAGUUCUUUAAUUACAUUUGAAGGAUUUUUCAGUUUAAUAAAUGUUUAAAAUCCUUUAUCCUUCA